AUGACUUCAUUUUUGGACAGCCUGAAAUGGAACUUUGAUGGUCUUGUGGCUGUGAUCGUUCAGCAUGUGGACACCGGCGAAGUGCUCAUGCAGGCAUUUGCAGAUCGUGCAGCUGUGUCUGAGACGCUUCAGACAAGGCUGGCCACCUUCUACAGCCGAUCACGUAGAGAGCGCUGGUGCAAGGGGGAGACAUCCGGACACUUCAUUCACGUGACCAGUGUGCACCCCGACUGCGAUCGAGACUCCAUAAUCUACAUGGGAGAUCCCAUCGGGCCUGCCUGCCACACAGGUUCACCAUCAUGCUGGUUCUCCGCUGUAGGGAUCGACAGUGAUGGAGGCGUCAGUGAGGUGAGAAAUAAUAAGUCACGAGACGAGGCUCCCCUGAGCACACUGCUAGCCCUGGAGCGCACCAUACAGCAGCGGCGAGCUGAAGCCGGCUCAGGUGCGAAGUCUUCGUGGACAGCCAAGCUCUUGGCAAAUCCAGAGCUGCUGUGCUCAAAGGUCAGGGAAGAGGCUGGCGAGCUGUGUCAGACGUUGGAAGCUAAUGAAGGGAGCGAGCGUGCCGCUUCAGAAGCUGCUGACCUCCUGUACCACAGCCUUGUGCUCCUCAAUGUUCAGGGAGUGCCAGUGUCAGAUGUCCUCAAAGUUUUGCGGGGACGUUUCGGAGUUUCUGGGGUUUCAGAGAAGGCAUCCAGAACACCAAAAUAG